AUGUUUUGGAAGAAAAAAUCAUCGUCUUCUGGCUCUGGCUCUGGUUCUGGAUCAGGUUCUGGAUCAGGAUCAGCAGUAUCUCACUCACAUAGUCAGCCUAUAGAACCACCUAAACCAAUUUUGAGAAUGAACACGGAAGGUCAAGGUGUUUCCAGUAUUAGGUUUGCGGGUUCUGGUCGAUCUGUUUCUGCUCCUGCUCAUGGACCAACCAAACUUCCUCAAAUCAUCACUACAGGUUCAGCAAACUUUGGCUCGAUGCCUAGUCCCACCAAUAGGAUGGAAAAUGCAAGUCGCGUUAGAGAUCAUCCUCCAGCUCCUAGAGUUAUUGUAUCAUCUUAUGAUUCAUAUAGUCCACCAACAAGUCAUUCUCAUCCUCAUCAAAGAAUGGCAUCGUAUGAUUCUUCACCACUUUCAACUCAACCGAGAAUGGCUUGUUCGCCUCGAAGAUCUUCCAGACCAACUUCUCCAAGUACGACUUCCUUCGGUGCUAGAGUUAGAUCUAGAACAGAACCCAUCCAAACUGUAUCUUCAAAUCCACUCAAGACCGUACCACUUGAAACACCUCCUAUGCCAUCUUCACACGUCACUACUCCUCCCACAGCUUACGUUUCCUCUUUCCAAUCACGAGCUCCACCUCCUCCAUCACCUUAUAGGCCUACGAACGAGAGAAGACGUUCAUCUUUAACCCGUAACCUGCCUGAACAAUUACCAAUGAUGAACGAUUUCGCCCCUAAUCGAGAUAGUCUUUUCGCUUCCGAUAGUCGUUCGAGCGUUCACACCUUACCAGGACCGGAUGUGCCAAUGUUGAAUAUCAUUCCUGCUACUCCUCAAAACCAGGGAGAAGAAUUCACCGAAUCAUGGAAUCAAAGUUACCCUUCCUGUCACGUUCCUACGAAUACCGCUUUAGACGAAGCUGUCAAACUGGAAGAAAUGGUUUCCAUCGCUUUAGACCCUUUGGAGGUUUCCGAUGCCCCUUCAAUCGAUCUCAAUUUGGAUUUUUCUCCGUUCGGACCUCUCGCAGAGUUACCUGACACAGAUGCUCCCUUGGAGUAUUUCCCCGAAUUCAUCCAACAAAGGGAUCUUGAGAGGUUAGAAGCAGAUUAUCAAGAAGAAGGAGAAGUCAUCGAUCAAGAGCAAGAUUACGAAUUCGAUAAUGAACAUGAGCAUGAACACGCCCCUUCCGAUCCGCUCCCUCCUUCUCCGCCAUUCAUGUCAUAUCCAUCUUUACCUUCUUUGUCAUCUCAUGAUCACGAGUCAAUCCGAUCAUCAGCAUCCGAAGGAUCGAUGACGACUUCAUCCUCCAUGUCUUCAUUAGUCUCUUUCCCCGACGUCGAAGAAGCACUGGGAUCAAUGCUAGCUUCGCUUUCAGAUUCAAGUAUGGCAUCGACUGCCAUCAAUACUCCAACCAAGGAUCAAUCCUUAGCGAGUGUUUACAAUGUGAAUCCUGGACUAGGAUUAGGUUUAGACUUGCAAGAUCAUUCAUCCAUGACUGCACCUCUAUCACCACGCCGAAGAGCACCUCCACCACCUCUCGAUUUGACCGGUACAAAGUAUAACCAUACAGAUGAAAAAGCAGCUCAAUCCGCACCUAUUAUCAACCACCGAGUACCUUUCUAUGCGACUGCCAAGGCUCAUCCCAAUUCGCCUUCAUCAGGUAUUUUCACUUCAUCCUCAUCUUUAGCUUCAUCAGCUUCUUCUGCGUCAACUAUCAGUCUUCACGAUCAGAUUACCCCUGCUUUCGCUCAUGAACAUGGUCAAACCCACUCUUAUCGAGACUCCAUAAGUUUAGCUUCCGAAGCGAGCGAUGAAGAUCUUUGUACAGCUAGUAUAAUCAGCUUGACACCCAUUAUGAAGGGUAAAGUAGGUGUAAAAGAAGUCAAGGAGGAACUUUUAGGGGAAGGAGAAGAUAAUGGAAAUGGAAACGCCUUGGGUUUAGGUUUGGGGCUGGGAGCUGAGGUCGGAAUGGGUAUGGGUAUGGGUGUAGGUUUUGGAAUGAGCAGAAGUACUUUAAGGGAAGAAGUUGAAGUUGGACUAGCUUUAUGA